UAGGCGCUGACCCGGGGAAGGCGGUGGAGCGGCCGGUUCUGAGGAGUUUUUUUGGAAAAACUGGCCACUCCAGGGGUUUUUUGUGCAAUAAGAUGUGUGCCUACUGGAAUCUAUUGAGAACAAUCAACAGUGAAUUCAGACUAGAGUUCUUAGUUUUAAAUGAACUAUAUUUAAGAGAGCCUGAAGUUCCUGCUUACCAUGUAAUUUCAGAAGGAAUUCUAAUACUCUGGAUAAUCAGAUAUUUCUCGAAAACUUCCAAGUUACAGGAGGGAUCUGCUCUUACAGUCAAGAACCAGGGUACAGGCCAGAUGCACAGGAGGGUGAGAGGAUUCACCAGAGAAAGAGCAGGAACAUCGAUUGUACCUCGUUGAAUUCCACUGAAAUGAUAGCAAAGAAUGAUGGCUAAAUGCUACAAUUGGAAAUCAUUUCUGCUUCUCGAGAGGUUGAAAAGAGCUUCUAUUUCUCAUUUUUCCAAAUAGUGUGGAUGUGAGCAAAACCUUUUGUAUCAUAACCAAUCCAAAGUUUGUUGGGUGAUGGAAGCCCAAAUUUGUUCUGAUAUACUAUGAAAAAUAAUCUCAUGUGAAAAGAAUAAAACCAAUGUUGUAAUAUAUUAUGUCCAACAUUACUUUAAAUAAAAAAA